AUGGACACAGUCACUCACCGACGGAGACCAAUAAGUCGCUCCUGCAGUCUUGAGGACACAAUAAGCAGGAGCGCCAACUUCCAUGAGUUCACCCACACCACAGCCAAGGAUGAGGAGGGGUCCCCGCGACCACGACGCAAAACCAUCGCGUCGGUUCUGCCUCAGUCUAAAGAUCAGAAUGGAAACUUCCCUGAGAAGGAUGUGGACAGGCAAGUCGCCAAAUGUCUCAGGGAGCUGAACACAGAAGAAGUCUGCCAGUGGUUUACCAAUAUUGGACUGCAGAAAUGUCUCCCCUUCAUCAAAGACGCAAAGCUGUGUGGCGCGGACGUAGCUUCGGUGGACGUGAACACUUUGGACCUCCUCCACGUCACCUCUCUCGAAGACAGAGAGCAGCUGCUGUCGGCUAUUUACAAUGAGCUGCAUCCUCCCAGCACCAUCACCCAGAGACUCGACUCUCUGCUGGGUCCCAAUAAUGUUGAGACGUUCACUGAGACGUUGGUUAAAAUGAGCAAGUCUACGUCUGCUCCUCACGUGAGCUGCCUCAGCAUGAAUCGACGUUCCCUCAAACUCAGAAACAACUGCCAGAACUACAUGGUGCAGAAGAAUCCUCAGCUCAUAGAGAUCACUAUUAAUGCAUCAGAGCGGAUCGUUCAUCUUAGAACCCCAAAGGAAACAGCGGUGGGGAAAAUCAUGGAUUCCUGUAUCAAAAUGCUGGGCGUGACAGAGGAUAAAAGUCUAUUCGCACUGAAGGAAAAGCAAGGCUCUUCAGAGGAGCUCCCACCAGAUCAGCAGAUCGGGAGUCUGCUUACAUCGACGUCAGAAAACACACAGUUGGAGCUGCAUUUGUGUAAAAAGGAGAAAGCAGCGCCUGCCUCCCCAAACAGCCCAGAAGUCGGCAACUCCAAUGAAAAUGGUAACACCAACAAAAACAUCCAGGGGAACCAGCUGGCUAAAGAGGAGAGGAUUAGAGAGCUGAACCUCCAAGUGGACUCACUACAGAAUGUCAUCUUUCAGGUCCAGGAGCUCCACCACGGCCUGGUAGCGUUUUGUUCCGAGUUAAAGAACAUGGAUGGAGAUGUGGAUGUGGACAGGCUUGGCUCAGUCGAGCUGAAGCAGAGGCUGGAGUCGCUCAAAAGUAAACUGAACGACAAGAGGCAGAGUCUGCAGAACCUCAAAGACAACAUUAAUAACUCCGCCGCUCUUAAGAAGAAACAGCUGGAGGUCCGUCUCUUGGAAAAGAUGAAGCUGAACUGCCAAGUGUUCAAGGAGGAGAUCUGCAUGGUGCAUCUCAACCGACAGGUGGCUCACCUACAGAACGCCCUGCAGGAGAGCAAGGAGAGAACUCGGAAAAAGAGUGUGGCCAUCGGCAGCCUGAGCCAGCUGGUGUCACAACAAUCUCCGGCCAUGCUGCUGCUCGUGCAGGAGAACCAGGGCUCUGAUGGAAGUUACGGCUUCGCAUGUGGCUACAGAGAAGGCCGCGGACUGGUGGUGGACAAGGUGGACAAGGUGGACAACACGCACCUCUGUGUGGAUGACAGACUGGUGGAGGUGAACGGUGUGCCGGUGGUCAACUUCACACAGGAAGAACUGACUGACCUCCUGCUGCAGGGACCCAGCGCUCAAAUAGUCGUCCUCCGCCAGCCUCCGCCCACGCUCACCUGCCAGCCGCACCUGGUCCCCCCCGAUCCAAUGCAAACAGUCUGCCCAGAGAGCGAGGUGGUCGCCGUGGAAACCCCUCCACGACGAAAAGUGAUGGCCAUCUGA